AUGCAUUCCGCAUUGCUCCUCUUUACAGCGAUACUUUCGGUGGUGUCGGCUGGAAUUUGGCCUGGGCAUAUACAGUCAGCGGCGGCGACGGGACGACUUCUCUGCAAUGGGCGGCCCAUUCCGGGGGUUUUGGUGAAGAUGAAGGAUUGGGAUUUGGUCGACCCUGACGACAAAAUGGACCAAAGCCAGAGCGAUAUGCGCGGAGGGUUUAUGCUGAGAGGAUGGACGAAGGAAUGGUCCAAUAUCGAGCCCUAUGUGGCCAUUUAUCAUAAAUGUAACUAUAAUGGGUGGUGCGCCAGAAAACUAAAGAUUGACCUGCCCGUGGAAGCCGUGACCCAUGGAUCGACCACCCCGACCGGCAUCUUUGAUGUUGGAAUUAUUGAACUGUCGAGAACGGAUCGCAGCGAGGUGCCAGAGCGCUGCCCCGAUAUGCGGCCCCGUCGUGUCACCGUUCGAAUUGAUGGGCUCCGAAUAGUCGUCCCGUUGAAUCGAGACGGUGCUACAAUUCAAGAACUGAUCGACGCGGCGUCUCUUCGUUUCCAGAAAGCAACAGGGAUUUCGGCAUCCCGCAUCCAACGACUCGAGCUUGAAAACGGCGGUAUCCUCGACCCAGACGACAUCGUUGAUGAUGUCCUAAAUUACGAGACCGAGGAGGUGCUCGCGAUCAGUGACGACGAUCCGAGUAUACCCUCCGAAUCCAGCAGUUACUACCCAGCAGACACUCGUGACAAGACGGCCAUUCCGAGCACGAGCGCCUCGUCAGAAGCUUUUGUUGAGAUCAAGGCCUUUGACUCUACACCAACUCUUCACGUCCGGAGCUCUAAAACCAAGGCCCAUUUUGGGAACGAGUUACUGAUGGCGGAGGCUGCCCCGCUACGCUCAUCCCUUCGUUCCGACAAACGGGAACACAAUUCGGCCCCCAGGACCGUUACGCUUAGUCCAGAAGUCGAACGACGUCUCAUACAAACAGAACACCGGAACGCGUUGGAACGAAUUUCUGCACGAAAAUCACGAAUUUCGGAUAAAUUUUGGGAUGCCCAGGAAAAGCUGCGUGAUAGCAUGUCGUCAGGAUCUCAACCAGGGAUCCCAAGAUCGGUCUCUGAUUCUAAUGGUUUUGUCAAGAAACCUUCACUCAUCCAAUCCAUCGAAAAUCCUUUCCACACAAUCGUGAUAUUGGCCAAUACCGAGGAAUUGGACGUCGGGAUUGAGAUUACCGACGAAUUUGACACUCCCCGAGCGACUCCCUCUUCGGCUUUUCAAAUCACAAAGAUUGAUUCUGAUGGCCGAGUGGGCAAAGAUGGACGAAUACGAACUGGGGAUAUGAUUGUUGCUAUUGAUGGGCAUUCUGCUAAUGGGUUAACCCUUCUGAAAGCUCGUGCUCUUCUUUACGAGCUCCGAACUCGCCCCGCGCCCACAUUGACGAUUGAUCGGACGAUUCAAUCGUUUCAUGAGGCCGAAGCGAAGGUGAUUUCCCAAAAGAAGAUGGCACUCUCUGCCCUUCAACAAGCCAAUAGUCAAGCUGUCGGCCAAACAUUCACCAUCACUAUUGUCCGAAAGCCAAACGGUUUCGGCUUGACGGUCACCGGCCGAGAAACGACAAAAGGAGAACGAUUGUGUUAUAUCGGGAAUGUGAAACCGGAUGGCCCGGCUUUUGGCCAAUUACGCUCUGGUGAUAGGCUGAUCAAGGUUAAUGGCGUGCCUACGGUUGAACUUCAACAAGCGGAUAUUGUUCGCAGAUUGAAGGAAACGCCUGUUGGCGAAAGCGUCACUUUGGAAAUCUCUAGAUUACUGGUUGGAGGCGCGGCGUGGAAAGACGGGCGACUUUUGGUUGAUGAUCAGCUGAUUUCGAUUGAAGACAUUGAUCUUCGAAAGUUCGAAAAGAACGCUGAUGCCAGCGAAGCGCAACGCCUCUCGCUGCGCGCCAAGAAGCGCCAGCAACGCCGAGCCGUUCAGUCGGAAUACGUGGAUGCUCCGUUAAAUGCUUUCCCUCCAACAUGGCGUUCAAUUCCGAUUCAUCGUGAAGCGCCACCCCCACCAUCAGCGGCCACAGCGCAACGAAACCCCUCCUACCUCUCGGCCACACUUUUACAUAAGGAUCCGCUGAGAACAAGCCCGCGGGUAUCGUCUCGGCUC